AUGACUAUCUGGAUAUCUGUGAUAUCAUCCGUUAUUAUAUCUCUGUCCGUUAGCGAGACCAUUGACAUUUCUAAGGACAUUUGUGGAAGGAUGUGCUGCUGCGAGGACAGAGAAGGAAUUCUAAUAAUAAGCUGUGAAAACAGAGGCAUCGUAAGUCUUUCUGAAGUUGAAUUGUUGGACUUCACUGUGCAUCAGCUAUUCCUUACUGGAAAUCUGCUAAGAAAACUCUCAUCGAAUGAUUUUUUUCGUUACACAGGGCUUCAAAUCUUGCAUUUGGGUAAUAACAGCAUAGCUGAAAUUGAGCCAGGGGCUUUCAACAGACUUAGCGGACUACAACGCUUACACUUAAACAACAAUAAAAUCAGAGCACUCAUGGAUGACACGUUUGAUGGCCUUGAACGUCUGGUGUAUCUUCAACUUGACUUCAAUUACAUCAGUCACAUUGAGCCAAACACCUUCAACAGAUUGCGUCACCUAGAAGUGCUGAUUUUGAACAACAACUUAUUGUCUAUCUUACCAAAAAACAUUUUCUAUUUUGUUCCUUUGACUCAUCUUGACCUUAGAGAAAACAAGCUAAAAGCUCUUUUCUACAAAGACCUUCUUUUACAUUUAAGCAAAAUUGUUGAAAUACUACUUGACAACAAUCCUUGGAACUGUUCAUGCGAGAUUAUCAGCCUUAAAGACUGGCUAGAAAGCAUGUCACUAGCAGGCAACUUGGUAUGUGAAAUGCCACUUCGGCUUCAAGGAAGUAACUUGUUUCAGGUCUCCAAGCAGGAACUUUGUUCAAAAAGAGCAGUAGGAGAGUAUAAAAUUAAUGCUGAAGCUUUUCGCAAACCUAAGGCAGUUAUGUCAAAUAUUGUACAUUCAACACAACCCACAAAGAGUAGCCAACAAUUAGGUAAGCUACGUAUCAAACCAUCUUUGACAGUUUCUUUCAGCAAAUCACAAAAUUAUGGACAAAUCAUGGUGUACCAAACCAAAUCCCCAGUUUCUCCAGAUUGUCCUUCUGUGUGCAAUUGCAAUCCCCAAAUUUCAGAUUUUGGACUGAAUGUGAACUGCCAAGAAAGGAAACUUGAGCACAUCUCAGAUCUGAACCCUAAACCACAUAAUCCAAAAAAAAUUUACCUCACUGGAAAUGUCAUUGCUACAGUGUACAGCUCAGACUUUUUGGGCACUACUAGUUUGGAUCUGCUUCACUUGGGCAAUAAUCAGAUAUCUGUUGUUCAGAGCAAAGCUUUUGCAGACUUACGCAAAUUACGGAGACUGUAUUUAAAUGGAAACUUACUGGAGCGCCUCUUUGCAUACAUGUUCUGUGGUCUGGAGAAUCUCCAGUUUCUCUACUUGGAGUACAAUCUCAUAAAAGAAAUUAAAUCAGGAACCUUUGAGCAACUACCCAAUCUUCAAUUGCUUUUCCUUAAUAACAACUUUCUUAAAGUCUUACCGAUAGGAGUCUUUGCAGGGGUGACCCUCGUACAACUGAAUUUACGGAAUAAUCAAUUACAAAACUUGCCGGUCAGUGGUGUCUUGGAGGACUUGACAUCACUGGUGCAAAUUGAUCUUUUUGAGAACCCUUGGGAUUGCUCUUGUUCCAAUUUGGAAAUGAUGAAAUGGUUGAAGGAUUUAAAAGCGGAAAGUGUAGUAAACGGGGUGAUUUGCAAAUCACCUACACAAAUGACAGGAGAGGAUAUACGUCACGUCCAUUUAUCUUAUCUUUGCUCAGACAAGUUUGAUGUCAAUGCUUCUGAGAUUUUGCCAUCAGAGGAAUCCUUUCCUGGAAGUCCCAUCACUUUGGAGAUGGCACAGGAUUAUGACUCUCCGAAUUCUGCAGUCCCUCUGUCAGUGUUCAUUCUCUCUUUGCUUUUAAUUUUUAUUGCAUCUGUCUUCAUUGCUGCCGGCCUGUUUACAAUGCCCACCUUAACAGCUCGCAAAAAGAAUCAUGCAAACAUACAAUCCAACUACAACGAUACAUCAGAAAUCAGGAACUCAGAAGGUCACAUUUACGAAUAUGUUUCUCCUGCAAUUUUACAAAGCCAGUCCUACGUUAUCGAGAAAGAAAGAUACAAAGAUUUUGAGGAGCUAAAUGACACGCUGGCAUCAACUUCAGAUGAAGAACUGGGAAGCAUGGUGAACAGCACAGAGUUCAGCACAAUUAACAGGCAAUCUCCUCUACCAGACGAAAAGUUGUCCUAUCGAGAUGUCCUAGCAAGACACCAUCAAGCAUCUACUAGGUUUAGUUUACCAUGCAAGCACGAUACAACUCCUUAUUUAUCCAGUUUUAAUGUUUUACAUCAGUGUUUGCAUCCAGAAAUGCUACAACAAACAGAAAUGUGUGUAGAACCCAAGCAGAAUGAAUACUGGGAACUAAAAAAUUUUUAA